GCAUCGGAUAAUUUCCAUUGGUUAUGCAACAUCGAAUGUAUUCUACUAGCGACACUUGUUAUAUUCUUUUCUUAGCAUUGUAAAAGAAGCACACAAAGUCAUAUUUUUUCUGCAACGUAUAAUUAUACUCGACGCGAUUCAUGCUUGAGUGGCGUUUUAUAUCGACGUGAAAAAGAUUUUCCUACUCUACACAGUGACGACGUUUGUAGAUCAUGCCGGCUAUGGCAGCCGUUGUCGGCCAUGUACUUGGCUGGAAAGUUUAUCGCGGACGCGGAGCACCACUCGCUCACUCGCUAUCUUGGUGAGCUGAUCGGUAAUAUUUCUCCGAGUUCUGUUGUGUUGCCCUGGUGGGGUUGCUGGGGCAAUGUUUGCGGUAAUGAAGCGUGAGCAUAGAACGCCAAAUGAAUUGGAUUUGCGAGAUCUCACCACCGUGUUCCACGCAUACGGAGUAUUAACAGCUGUCAGAAUUCGCAAGAGAAACUUGUGUCUGGUUUAAAAGUUGAGACAGUUUUAUAUAUCAGGCCGCUUAUAUGCCGGAAGCCUGUUCUUCUUUGCCUUCAAGGCGCAUUACGAAUCAAGUCUAGUCGAAUUUACCGGUUUCUGAUCCAAAAACGGCGAGCACAUUUCUCGAUCCAUUUUAAUGUUCAUAAAGAGGUACAUCUGGGCGUUUCAUAUUAUUUUGCUGCAAUAAUUUUUUGUACAAUUGCCCGACAAAGAUGCCUUUCUCUAAAUUAGAUCACGCUCAAGAGCUGACACUGAACAGCGGACAUAAAAUCCCCGUUAUCGGCUUAGGCACCUGGCAGUCGAAACCGGGAGAAGUGCAACAAGCCGUGGAAGAUGCCAUUGAUUUGGGAUACCGGCAUUUUGAUUGUGCUCUGGCUUACGAGAAUGAAGGUGAAAUCGGUCAGGCUAUUGCCAAGAAAAUACAAGAGGGUGUCGUUACCCGGCAGGAGCUUUUUGUUACCACUAAAUUACCUCCGGUCUUGAUCGAGCCAACGUUAGUCCGGGAAGGAUUCAACACAUCAUUAAAGCGCCUUGGUCUGGAUUACGUCGAUUUGUAUUUGCUGCACAAUGCUAUAUCCAUCAACCGUGACUACAUCAAAACACUGCCACCUGGAUCCGUUUUGAAGCGCCCGGAAGACCCGAGCAAAUUUUUCCGGAAUGUGGAUCACGUUGCUGUCUGGCAUGAACUGGAAAAAUUAGUGGACGAAGGUCUAGUGCGCAGUAUCGGCGUAUCGAAUUUCAAUCAACAACAACUGCAGCGUCUGAUCGAUCAUGGCCGCAUCAAACCAGCCGUUUUGCAGGUGGAAUGCCAUGCGUAUUUCCCACAACAUGAUCUGCUGGCGUUCUGUCAACGCCAUCACGUCGUUCUGGAGGCGUAUUCGCCGUUGGGUAGUCCGCAGCGAUGGGGCGGAAAUGCCAGCGGCCCCGUGCUACUGGAAGAUCAGGUUUUAACGGACAUAGCCAAGAAGCAUGGCAGAACACCGGCGCAAAUUUUGCUGCGUUCGCUCGUUGAGCGCGGCGUCGUCGUUCUCCCGAAAUCGGUCAAUAAAGUCAGGUUGCAACAAAAUUUGCAAAUCUGGGAUUUCCAUCUUGAUGAUGAUGACAAACACAAAAUGGAGCACAUGGGCAAGAACGGAAAGCGGCUGAUCGACUACGCGACAUGGGUCGACUCCCCAAACUAUCCAUUUCAGGCGCUGCUGUAAUGCAGCAAACUGGAAAGAGAAUUUGCAUGAAAAUCACCGAGGGACAGCAUUAACAUUGCAAUGGCUGCUAUGACGUUUUAAAUAAAUCUUUGGCUGUUAAGCUUUUCUAGUUUGUCUUGUGGAUGUUUUUAAAAAAUGAAACACGGAAAUUGUUAAAAAAAAAUGACGAAAAGCUCA